AAAAGCCCCUCAAGGAAAAAACACAGAAAAAGGGAAAAAAAGAAUGUAUGCCCGGAUCUGAAAAAUAUUUGCAACUGGGCAAGUCGCAUCAAAUUUGCUCACAGUGAAGUGAUAGAGUGGAAGCUCAGUUUCCAUGGCCAAUCAAUGGAAGAAACUGAAGCAGCCUUCUUUAUCACUCUCUCCCUCUUGUCUAUUUCUGUUGCUUCUCAGCUUGGCUUCUCUCUUCCUCGCUUUCUCUCUCUUCAACACCUCAUCUCAAAGCAAUUCGGUGAAUAACAAAGUGUUAUACUCCAAGUCGUGCAACUUCACCGAUGGCAAAUGGAUUUAUGAUCCGACUAUCAACUCCCCGCGCUAUGAUAACAGUUGUAAGGAGAUCUAUAAAGGUUGGAGUUGCAUUAGCAGUAAAAUAUCAAAUGCGCGUGACAUUGUUAAGUGGCGUUGGAAACCCUAUCAAUGUGAUCUCCCACAAUUCGAUCCUCUUUCCUUCCUUCACCGCUUCAGAAACACCAAUAUCGGGUUUGUUGGGGACUCCUUAAACAGAAACAUGUUUGUUUCACUUUUCUGCACUUUGAAGCGGGUGUCAGGCGAUGUCAAAAAGUGGCGCCCUGCUGGGGCGGAUCGUGGUUUUACCUUUCUGAAGUAUAACCUUACUAUCUCGUAUCAUCGGACGAAUCUAUUGGCUCAUUACGGUAGGUGGUCAGCCAAUGCUAAUGGAGGGGUGCUGGAAUCUCUAGGAUAUAAGGAGGGUUAUAGAGUUGAUGUUGAUGUACCAGACGGAACAUGGGCGGAAGCGCCAAGUUUCCACGACAUUCUCAUCUUUAACACGGGUCACUGGUGGUGGGCUCCUUCAAAGUUUGAUCCAGUAAAGUCACCCAUGCUUUUCUUUGAGAAGGGCAAUCCUGUGGUGCCUCCACUCUCCCCCGACAGUGGGCUUGAUAUGGUGUUAAAGCAUAUGAUAUCUUAUGUGGACAAAAGGAUGCGACCUGGCACCACGGUGUUCAUGCGAACCCAAUCUCCAAGGCAUUUUGAAGGAGGUGACUGGGACCAAGGUGGCUCUUGCCAGCGGUCACAGCCUCUCUCACCUCAAGAGGUGGAGGAAUUCUUUUCCCUUCAAAAUAACGGAACAAAUGUGGAGGUUCGCCUUGUGAACCAGCAUCUAUACAGGGCAUUUGAAGGCACUAGAUUUCAUAUACUGGACAUAUCUCAUAUGAGUGAGUUUAGAGCCGAUGCCCACCCAUCUACAGCAGGUGGGAAGAAACAUGAUGAUUGCAUGCACUGGUGUUUACCAGGACUUACAGAUAUCUGGAAUGACUUGUUUGUAGCAUAUUUAAGCAAUGUUGAAAGAUAGGACCUAAGUUAUGACGAUCGAUUUCAUUCUUUUUGUAGAAUUUCUUUCUGUUAAUUUGUUAUAAUCUUCUUCCUCGAAUGCUAUCUUGUUACAACUUUGUUGUAUUCAUUUCUCAUCUAUAAGAUUUAGUUAGAAACUGUAUUAAAAAUUCGC